AUGGCGACGCAACAAGCGCUCUUCUCGCCAGCCGAGCUCGCGUACCUGCACAGCUCGCUGCGGCUGCGGCCGCCGAUCCGGCCCGACGGCCGCUCGCCGACCCAGUUCCGCCCGCUGACGGCCGAGACGGGCAUCCUGCCGGGCACCAACGGCAGCGCGCGGGUGUGCUUCGCCGACGGCACCGAGGCCAUUGUGGGCGUCAAGGCCGAGGUAGAGCGGACGGCCGAGGGCCGCGCGGUCGGCGCGGAGGACCGGCUCGAGGCGAGCGAGGCGCACCGCGCGGGCCCGGAGGCGGAGGAGGGCGACCGCGCGCGGCAGGCCCGCGAGGAUUGGCUGGAGAUGACGGUGGAGAUUCCUGGGCUGCGCGACGAUGAUGCCGCGACGGUGUUUCUGGCGGAGAUGCUGCGCGAGGCGCUGCUCGCGGACGGCGAGUUUGCGGGCAAGCUGUGGAUCAACCGUCGCUUCCACUGGCGGUUGUACCUGGAUAUCCUGCUGAUAUCACCGCCCCUGUCGUACCCCCUCCCGCUGCUCUCCCUCACCACGCACCUGGCGCUGCUGUCGACGCGCCUCCCGCGGCUCAAGUCCGAGGGCGACGAGGACCCGCUGUUCGACGAUGACUGGGACGCCUCGACGCUGCUGUACCCGCGCGACGCCGCGACGACGACGUGCCCGCGCCCCCCGGUCACGCUGUUGGUCGUGGCGGUCGGCGACAACGUCAUCUUUGACCCUGCGCGGGAGGAGCUCGCCGUCGCGGAGACGGCGCUGGCCGUGUCCGUGGCCGAGGUGCGCAGGCGGCCGACGGCUGAGGAUGGCGGCGGCCGGGAGCUGCGGCUGCUGUCGAUGCGCACGAUCGACCCCCCGAGCAGGCUGACGCCGCCGGGCGUGCCGCAUGCGGCCGGGGGCGCCGCGCCGGCGCCGACGAAGCAGACGGACCAGGGGGCGACGGAGCCGGGCGUGUGGAAGGCGCCGCUGGGAGGCAUCAAAUUUGGCGUGGUGGACGCGAUUGUGCAGGCGGUGCUGGAGAAGGGCGGCGUGGCGGACGAGGUCCUCGACGGGCUUGAGGGCGUGGAGCUGGCAUAG